CACACAAAAAAAUAUUAAUAGUUUGAAACAUCACGAGAACUUAAACAAUUUGCUUCACAUAAUUAUAUGCAGGGAGACCAGCUGCACAUGCUUGCCAGUAGAAAUGGCUGGAAUUACACAGAACAUCUCAUUAGUUCCUGGAAUUGAGCUUUCACCUCAGGAAGCCAACAGAUACAAGAACUUUUUUGCCGUCCAAGUUCCCAUGUGUGAAGUUUUCAGAGCCGUACUAAAGUGGGAAUGCAGCGACAAGCAGCAAGGGCAGACUUAUGCCGAUUAUUUUGAAGAAAAAGUGGAGCUCUAUGAAUCCAAACAUGAAUAUUUGAAGAAUCUUCUUGGAGUCAAGUUUAAAACGCCUAAAGUUACACUGUCAGCUAACGAUAUAAAAAUGCUUCGGGAAAACUCUUCAAAAUAUGAUGUAAGUCUCAUGUUUUUAUUUUUGUGCGAGAUCUUCAAAUCCAAAGAAACACACACAAACGUUCUCCAGGCGAGAGUUCCUAACCAACUAGAAUGCCUGCUAAAAACGGCCAAAAACCACAGGAAUGAUGUAGUGCAUAAAGAGGACUCUGCUGUGGACCCUUAUAAAUUUGAUGAAAUUUUCAAAGCCCUGCAUGAUGUGAUAGAUGAAGCUGGCAACGUGUACAGCAUCCCAGCUGAUGAAGUAACGAGUUUCAAAACCCAGGUAGAUGGCAUGUGGGAUGAAGUGCGCACAGAUAAUGAAAAAGCUAAGGCUUAUUGUUGCUUCUUCCUGCAAACUUAUGGAAACAAAGAAGCCAAAGUCAUGUGGGAAGCGAUGUUGUCUGAAGAAACUCUGCUCUUCGGCGAUGAAAACGUUGAACGCUCGAAAGUUUUUCAUUCCCUGGAAUUUACACUACAGAAACCUAAAGAUCAACCCAAAGACAAGAUCUCCUACACUGAACUCCUAACUGGCAGCGAAAAGUUCGUUGUGGUCAUUGGCGACUCCGGGUCUGGGAAAUCCACUUUGGCCAAGAACUUGGUGAUCCAGCACUAUGGUAUCUCAGAUGCAGAGGUAGAAAUUGCCAAUCUGAAGAAUCACAAUUUGUUACUUUAUUAUGAAUGCAGGAAUGUUUCCACAAAAGAAUUUACUGAUGUAGUAGACGAAAACUUCGAAAAUGUGUGCCAGAAACUAGGCCCUGAAACUGUUAUCCAAGGAAUCACCGAGUCUAACCCUUUGAUUCUCAUUGAUGGCUAUGAUGAAUGUCAUAAAGACUCGUAUAAGGUUGUGCAACAGAUGGUGAACAAAAUGAGGAAACAUGAGUGUCGUGUGAUCAUCACCACCAGGCCAAGUGCUGCCGAUGAGCUCAAGGACUUUCUGAAGCGAGAAGGUGUGAAAUUCCAUGAGUGUGAGAUAGCAGAAAUUCGUGAUUUAGAUGACCAACUAAGAUUUCUGGAUAAGUAUGAAAAACAUGUCACUCCAUAUGCUGAGAAUGUUGUAAAGAGCUUCAGCUCUCUUGGACGGGACAUUCAAGAACUUUUUGUUCGUCCCAUUAAUUUGGUUCUCUUUUGUCACCUGGUCUGGAACUUUCCUGAAAGGAUAAAUGAUUGGAAAUCUCAUGCUGCUGUAGCUCAAGUCACACAUGAUCUGUAUGAGAGAAUUAUUCAGUCAAAGCUGGCUGCCUACUCCAUUGUUGACAAGGCUGGCCUUAUCGAUGCUUUCUUCCAAGACUUGGGCAAUUUCGCCUUGAAGAUGAUUUGCGAACAUCAUUUGGUUUUCUCUGCAAAUGAAGUUGUCGAUUUGAGACGCAGUAUCAGGUCAAAACUCAGAGAAUAUGGGGCGCUUGGGACGCUUGAUCCUAAUGCUCUUCUGGGUGUUGUCUUGAAAAUAAAACGUUCAAGUAAAAAUUCUAAAUCGGGCACAUUUUUCUUUCAUCACAAGAGCAUACAAGAACUCUUUGCUUCCAAGCCUGUCUUAAUGGAGCUCCGUAAGAAUAAUGCCUUGCCGCCCAUCCUGACGUCAUAUAAAGUAGAAAGUUUCAACCUCGCAGAAGUGCUCACGUAUGUGUUCAUGGGGCUGAGUGCUGCUGAGGAGUCCACUGUCUUCUGGAAAAACUGGCCGCUCCUGCGUGAUGCUAUUGGAGGCGGUAACACGGACAUGUAUUGCUGGGAUAAAAUCUUGCUGAACUGUCAUGACUCGCAACAUAUUGCUGAAGCGAUUGCCGGAGUCUGCUUGGCACACAGCAGCAAUUGGACCAUGACCAUUGAUAAAGAUUUCGGGAGACUCCUGUGGCUUGGAGGCCACUGUGUUGAUGCCACUGCACUGCUGCUGCCCUACCAACAGCCGGCCUCGCUCAGCGUCAGGCUUUUGGACGCCCCAGCGCCCGAGUCCUGGCGCGAGGUGGCUAGGACAUUCAAAGGAAUUCUUGAGCUGCGACUAUUAAAGGACCACGAACCGCGCCGUCCGUGUGACCACAUGCUUGAAGCCUUGAACUCCUCGAGCUGCUCGUUGUCAUUGUUUGCUGGCUGUAUCAAGGAUACGAAGAGCAUCCAAUCCUUGGCCAAAGUCGCGACGCCCAACUCAGACUUCUUGAUUGUCACGGAGCCGCACGUUGACUUGACGCCCCUGCAGCACAAGCACCAGGAGCUUUGGGUGAUUGUUAAACCCACAUCUGAGGGCGACAUCGCUGCCCUGCCCGUGUCUCCCCACAUCUUCCUUCUGGUGAAGUCGGUUGCCAAAAAUCAGCCAGAGAGUUUGACUCGCACCUUACUUGGCAUGGCUCCUACUGACAACAGGUUGCGGAGGCUGGAGGUGCAUAGCUGCGCGUUGACUGUAGCACAGGAGACGCUGGUGGAGCUGCAGCGCGCGGGCCUCAGGACGCUCUUCACGGACCAGCAAAUCCACACGGGACCCAGCCGAGUGCUGAGAAUAGGAGAGAAGAAUUACGCGCUGAUUCUCACUGAUGAACCACCGCUGCCACCACAGGCAGAACCCUGCAGGCGUGUCGCAUCAGAACCUCCCAGGUCACCCGCCAGUCUCCCCGUUGCCCCCGCCGUCGGUGGAGAGAACCUCUGUCCGCUGGCCUCGUCAUGCGGGGACCUGGACGCCGUGUACAAGAGUCUGUACGCCCUGAACGUUGUGCUGCCGCACGCAUUGCGCUUUGUACUGGUGAAAGAUCCUCCCGAACUCGUGGGGGUGGCGGACAGGAUCACUGAGAUCGCAUACGAGCUGAUCAGCGAGGCCGCUGAGCUGCACCGCGUGCCGGACGCUGAGGCUCAGCGAGUGAAGGAAGCUUGCCAGGCGCUCUGUGAUAAAUACGCUGAUGUGCGCGUUGAUGAUGACGCUUUUGCUGCGUAUAGCGUACUGAAGGAGAACUGGGAGAGGAGAGUCGACGUGGAACUUGAAAAUGUAUUUGAUGAACGGUGUCGUGAUUCGAAAUCCCGCAGUUUUUCUGACGUCAUGGAGCAAAACUUUCCUGAAGCCUGCAGCCAAAUUGGAGCUCACAACGUUGAAUAUGAUUUUAAACGUCUACAUCCUCUGAUCCUCGUUGACGGCUACGACGACGCCAACGCCACGUCCAGCGUAGUCGUAGAAGAAAUGGUCAACAAAUUUCGUGAAUUCCCAUGCAAGAUCGUCAUCACUACCAGUCCUGAGGCUGGUUCUUCUCAACGAAAUAUCUCGGGAAGAGGCUCUACGAAAUGA